AGGUCUGUGCAUCAGGAACGGGAUCGGAAUGUAUACAUCGAUUCACUGACUGAGCUGAGCAUCGCAGGGGGAGACAACAUGAACCCAGAGUCCGAUUCGAGAAUCUCGCAGAGAAGAGUGAUCGAACCUCCGGACGGCCUGACCCUCUUCUUGAUGGAGCAUAGCGAAGAUGAUUGGGACGGCCUCGAAACGUCGCCGAGUUUUCAUGACGGAGAGGAGGAUGAUCCCAACUCCACGGGACAAUUUGAUGAUUCGACGAGUCGGGGCGCAUCUCUUCGAAGACCGGUCCAGCCUCCGUUCGAGCUGCGGUCCACUCUGAGAGAUGAGGCCGAGGGAGAAGGGUUGAAACGUGCGAAUAACUUCGGUUGGAAUUUCUUGACCGCCUUCAUGUGGUCAUUGUCUCGAGUGAAGAUUUCUUGAGGCGACAUCCUUCAGACGAUCCCGUGUCUCUCCCGUGAGCCGCCCCAACGCAGCGGGAUCUUGGGAAAGAAACAUCGUUCGAGCGCUUUGCAUCUUUUGCCGCAUUCAGAUGGCUCUCUUCCGGCUACGUGUCCCCCUUUAGGAGCUUACGGACUCUGGUUCACGCCGCCGCUCGAUGAUGUUGGAAAAUUCCCCAAUUUGAUAUAAAGUAUUCUAA